GAAAGUGAUCGAAGUUACACAUUAAUGUUUUAUAUUGUGAUCAGGGGCCAUGCUUUGAAUUACCUUUUAUAAUAUUAAGUUUUUAUUCCAGGCACUUCCGUAUUGUAGCAGUGCAGGUUUGAGGCUUCAACCAGAUGCCCAACAGAUUGGAUUUGUCAUCUUUCUUUUUGCCUGAAGACAAAAGCAGAUUUUGUUUGUAACUUAGAUAGUGGAUGAAAUCUGGAAACAUUUUACAAAUAAUCAUGCACCAUCAUCUGAAACCUUCAGACCUCAUGAAACGUCUUCUUAAGCAGUUUUUCAGUAUACCAAUAUUGCACUUAAGUUAAUUUAACUAACAGUGCAGUUUUUAUUGACACAUGUCACAUGCUCCCAAGUAGUGGGGUUCUGACUUUGAUCUGUGUGCCACAGCUGUAAAAUUAAUUUAAUAAUUUGUCUGUUAAAAACUGGAGAGCUGUAAUUGCACACAUGCUUGAAGCAAAGCACCUUUGUUAAAGACAUGGUAUUCAUCAUGUUUAGACUCUGUAGAUUUAAAUUCAUCUUGAGUCAUAACAUAUUUGAAAUUAUCAUUAUGGAAGUUGCAGAUGAUCAGGGACUCCUGGUAGUGAAUUUGGAGAACUGCAUUUCUAAUACAGCUGCUGAGCAAAUUGUGAAAGGCGAUUGCAUGUACACAGUUGCUGUAGCGUCUAACACAUGUAGUAAUGAAGAUGAAGCUGUAAUUCAGAUCCCUGUAUCUGUCCAGUGUUCUGAAGAAGUGCAUCGAUCAUACACUACAGUACCACAGUUAGUAGAACAGUUAACUUUACCACCUCAACACUACAGGGAUGUUCAAACACAGCAGUACACUCAGAUUGAAGUUGAAGAGAACCUUCCAUGUCUAAAUGCUGAUAGUGGCACAGAAUCCAAUCAAGAUGUGAGUGUCUAUUCAGAAAGGCAAGCGUCCCUUCCAUUGGGACUCCAUCACGGACAGUCUAAUGACACAGAAUCGUCUUAUUAUACAGAGAUAUAUAACUAUCUUGCUUCACAGGCUGUGCCAGUUGGAGCUACUGAAAGCUACAAAAAGAUACUGAAGAAACGAGCUCAAAAUUAUAAAAUUGUGGAAGGUAUACUCUACUAUGGGCAGACGUUACCGAAAAGAGUAAUUACUGAAACCACGCAACAAAAAGAAAUUCUGAAGAGCAUUCACAUUGAAGAAGGAACAGGUGUUCACUUAGGAUUAAAGAAGAUGUAUGUGGCAAUUAAUGAGUUCUAUUUCUGGAAAGGGUUGUAUGUAGAUGUAGCAAAUUUUGUGAGGCAAUGCAAACAGUGUUCAGAAAUACAGACCGCUGGCAGCGAGAAACCUCAGCUGUCAGAACAAAGGAAAGAUGGAGAAGAUUCUGGCAAAGACAAGAAUGUAGGAUUUGGAAAUACAAGCAAAGUAUGGCAAAAGGUGGAGUUGAAACUUUAUGGUCCAUAUCCAAAGACUGUUCUCCAGAAUGAAUUCAUUAUUACAAUAGCUGAUCCAUUCUCCCACUGGAUUGUUGCACAUCCAGUGUCAAGCAGCAAUCAUGCCAAUCAUAUAGCAGACUUUGUGUAUAAAACUUCCUGUACAUUUGGAUUUGCAAAAUGUAGUGUUAUUGGUGUGCCACAAGAAGUUUUAGAGACAGCACAGACUAAAUAUAAAGAAUAUUUAUCACGGCUACGAGAUACUUUAUUGACUUGUGGUUUAAUGGUACCGCAACUUACAUCAACGUCUGGUACCACAAUACACAACUUGCUUGUGUUUCUUCAUGAGAACCUAAGCCAGUGCACUUGGGUUGGUAAACUCUUGGAUGAAUUUGUUGAAACCAAUCCUCAUUCUUGGGAUUUGGAAUUGGAGAGAUUUCUCUUUGAGUACUGUACCACAGCUGGUGGAGAGUCAUCCUCUCCCUUUACCAUAAUGUUUGGUCGCAGCCCAGUCAGUUUCUUGGAGGAAGACAAAGAGAAUCAUAACGUGAUGGACAAAGAAAAACCUACUGAAAUUGUAUCAAAGAGAAGGAGAUUGCAGAGUAGUAUACUACAAUGUCGUCACUGUGAGGAGGUUUUCACAUCCAAGAUUUCAUUCCGUAUUCAUCAGCGUAAACAUACAGAAGAAGCUCGUCGUCAAGGUAUGCUUGAAGGGCAAGAACUUCUUGGAUCAGUUGCUGAGAGAGAGAAAAGACUGCUGAAAAGAGCAAUUUUGAAGCAAAGGCACAAGUUACUUAAACAUGAUGAAGACAUCAAAAAUCACAUCCAAUUAUCUGGCAACUGUCCAACUCAGACUUCAUCACUUUAUGAUUCCUUGUAUUCUGGUAAUGAAGUGACAAAUUCUUCAAGGUCUUUCUCAGAUACUGGAAUGGUUUCUCUCAAUUCUGACAAUGUUCAGAAUGUUAAUGCAUCCACUUCUCCUCAGCAUGAUUCAGUAAGGACUUGCCAAGAAGAUUGCUCACAAGAAAAUGGUAACAAACAGUGCAGAGUUCUUGAGAACGACCCUAACAGCAGACAAAUGGCUCUAGUUAAAGAAAUGGAGAGUUGUGUUCAGGACACGAGACAUUCCAGUGAUGUUAACAAUGCUGUGUACAUAGAAACUAAUGCAACAGGUGCAUUAAAGAGUAACAAUGAAAGAACAAGUGGAAGUUACACGCACAAACUAAACCAAAAGGAUUCAUCUGGAAUACAAUUGAAAGUUACACAUUAUCCACUGGAAAAAAAUUCUUGGAAUGAAAAUCAGUGUGAAGAAUGGACUACUAAUAAACUGAAUACAUGCAGCACUGUUUGUAGAGAAACAAAUGGCACUGAUGUAUUCCAUUGUGAUGCCUGUGGAAAGAGAUUCCUGAACAAAAGAAGACUUAUUACACAUAUUGAGAAACAUUCUAACCCUGUGUUGAAGUGCACAUAUUGCCCAUACACAACCAAGUCAGCGAAGCUGCUCAACUAUCAUCAGAAUAUCCAUGCUGAGAAGUUCAAAUGUAAGGUCUGUAAUAAGCUGUUCACAAGGAAGAUUUACUUGACAUAUCAUCUUAAAGACGUUCAUUGUAAGACUCGUUAUUUGCGCAAAUGUGAAGAAUGCUGUGCCAGAUUUAUAUCUAUCUCAGGACUCAAAAUGCACAUGCAAACAGUUCAUGAGCCUUUGAGAACUUACUCAUGUACAUUAUGUAAAUAUGUAGGGAACAGUACAAACCACCUAGCAUCACACAUGUUACGGAUCCAUAAGAAGAAGUAUGAGUGUAAGAUCUGUGAUUACAACAGCUUAACUCAGGGCGGAUUGGACAAGCAUGUAAGAAUUUACCAUGACUUACAUGAUCGACAGUUUGCUUGCAAGCACUGCUCGUAUCGUGGACUGAAACGCAGACAGCUCUUGGAUCACGAAAGGAUAGUUCACAACCAAGAUAAGAACAAGCAUGCAUGUCCAGUUUGCAAGAAAGCUUUCAGAACUCGAGUUCUUAUGAAACAUCAUCUUCCAUGUCAUUCAGAUCAACAUUUCUAUUCCUGCAGGGGUUGUAGUUACACGACCCGAUACCGUCAGACUCUUCAUUUACAUAUUAAAAAUUCACACCCAAGACAAAGCUUUAAAAAUUUGUGCAAUGGUCCAUCAGAGGCCGAUUUUGAAGCCAUUAUCAAUACGGCUUUGAAAACCAUGGAAACAUUUUCAUCUUCAGAUGAGAAUAAUAUUGAGAUAGAUUAUGUUGCACAAGUGCCUCAAGAUUGUCCUGUUGUGGAAGAUGGUGAAAGUACCGUUGAUAUUUCCAUUGUAUCAGAGCACUCAGAAUCUCAUGGCAUCACCUGUGCCUCACAUGGUAUAACAACCUGUCAACAAAAUCAUCCUAUGACACUGUCAGAAUACGACUCUGAGCUAACAGAAACAGAACCCAGUACAAAACACAUGGAGAGUGCAUUGGUAAUUGAAGGAAUCAUGAAUUCCACACUUGAGUUGAAUACUGGAAGUUCUGAAUCAGACCAGGCUGUGACGAUCAUAGACAGUUCUGGUUUGACAAGUGACGAGGUGCAGACAAUAGUAGGUCUUGCAGGCGAUCUUCAUGGAGGGAAGCAGAAGGUACGCCAUCUAGUGAAACUUGAUGGUCUGGGAACAGAAAAGACUUUGUUUCAAAUAAGUGGAUUCAAUUCAGAAAACAGCAAAAUACACCAAGUUGUAACCUUAGUAAAUAGCCAUGAUUCCAUUACAGAAGCAGACCAGCAUACUGUUAGAUCGUUAAGUAAUGUAAUGGAUCAGAAAUCACGUGAGCAUCCCACUGUAACUCAUGUAAGUCUGACUGGCAGAAGUGACCGCAGCCAAGAGAAUCUUGUUAUCCUUCCAUUAGGAGGUGCCAAAGUUGCGCUUAUACAGAAUGACAACUUUUCAAACAGUCGUGACAUGUUUAACGAGCAGACAGCUUUGUCAGACUUGGUUCCCGAGCAAAGUGAGUUGAUUCAGCAACAAUCAGAGAACAGUGUUAAACAAGUUAGAGUGUACCAUCUUCAAUGAUGACAUUUGAAAACUUUAACAGAUAUGUAAGUAAACUGUAGAGUUAGUGUUUUCAGAUGAUUGCUGUCUUCGGGUUAUUGCAUCGUGUAGUCUGGUAGAUUUUCA